AUCGUCUAGUCUUAGCGCCGUUAAGUGGCGACGGUCACAGAAUUUCUCUUUGUUUCUUUCUCGGAUUUCCCUCUCUACUCUUUUCGCAGAGAUGGAAAGCCAUGGCAGCACCUCGCGUACCACCAGCAACAACACCAACAAGGAGCAAUGGAGAGCUGAAGACGCCAUAGCCGGCAACGCCGAAGCUCUCCGAGCUCUCAGAGAACUCAUCAUCUACCCUCUCCUCUUUUCCCGUCAAGCUCAAAAGCUCGGUCUCAAAUGGCCUCGGGGUUUGCUCCUCUACGGCCCUCCCGGCACCGGAAAGACAAGCUUGGUACGAGCUGUGGUUAGGGAAUGUGGUGCACAUUUAAUUGUCAUUAGUCCACAUUCUGUCCACAAAGCACAUGCCGGAGAAAGUGAGAAAUUUUUACGGGAGGCUUUUGCAGAGGCUUCCUCGCGUACAUUGUCAGGCAAGCCAUCUGUUAUCUUUAUAGAUGAAAUAGAUGCAAUCUGUCCUCGCCGUGAUUCUAGAAGAGAGCAAGAUGUUCGUAUCGCCUCGCAACUCUUUACGCUGAUGGACUCCAAGACAUCCUCAGCAUCAGUACCACAGGUUGUGGUUGUUGCAUCCACCAACAGAGCUGAAGCAAUUGAUCCAGCACUCAGAAGGUCUGGGCGGUUUGAUGUUGAAGUUGAAGUUACUACACCUACUGAAGAAGAACGCUUUCAAAUUCUCAAGCUCUACACAAGAAAAGUUCCUUUGGAUCCCAACGUUGAUCUACAAGGCAUAGCUGCAUCUUGCAAUGGAUUUGUUGGGGCGGACCUGGAAGCUUUAUGUCGUGAGGCUGCUAUGUCUGCAAUUAAAAGACAUUCAGAUGCAAAUAAAGAUGCUGGUGCGUUUAGCUUAACAAUAGAAGACUGGAAGCAUGCAAGGUCUGUGGUUAGUCCAAGUAUAACAAGAGGUGUCACGGUGGAAGUUCCCAAGGUGACAUGGGAAGACAUAGGAGGGUUGAAUGAUUUAAAGAAAAAGCUCCAGCAAGCUGUUGAGUGGCCCAUCAAAUAUGCUUCUGUGUUUUCAAGGCUGGGAAUAUCACCCAUGCGUGGAAUUCUUCUUUAUGGUCCUCCGGGAUGCUCGAAAACCACUCUUGCUAAAGCCGCUGCACAUGCUGCCCAAGCUUCGUUUUUUUCUUUGAGUGGUGCAGAAUUGUUUUCAAUGUACGUUGGAGAGGGUGAAGCUUUGCUGCGUAAUACCUUUCGGAGAGCUCGCCUUGCAGCACCCAGCAUAGUAUUCUUUGAUGAGGCGGAUGUUGUUGCUGCCAAAAGAGGUGGGAGUUCAAGCAACAGCAGUACUGUUGGAGAAAGGCUUCUGUCUACUUUGCUGACCGAAAUGGAUGGUUUGGAAGAGGCUAAGGGAGUCUUUGUUUUGGCUGCUACAAACCGUCCUCAUGCAAUCGAUGCCGCACUAGUUCGCCCAGGACGCUUUGAUUUGGUGCUCUUUGUACAACCACCAGAUUUAGAAGGUCGAUAUGAGAUACUUCGGGUACAUACUCGUAACAUGAGAUUAGGAGAUGAUGUUGAUCUCAAACGCAUAGCAAAAGAUACUGAGCACUUCACAGGAGCGGAGCUGGAGGGUCUAUGCAGGGAAGCAGGAAUAGUAGCUCUGAGGGAAGACAUAUCAGCCACUGUUGUGUGUAAUCGUCAUUUCCGGACUGCAAAAGAUUCGUUAAAGCCAGCAUUAACGAAAGCAGAUGUCGACUCAUAUUUGGCUUUUGGUGUUGCUUAGAAUCGAGUGCCGAGGAUUUCAAGCGCGAAGGGAUUUCUCACACAACAUAGGUAGUACCUGAAGUGUUAUGUGUACUGUAUUUUUUUACAGCAUUUUCCGUUUGAAAGAGAGCCUUGUUUUGAUGUGAUUUUCUAGUUUUGUAUCUGUAAUUAUGUGAAAUAUGAGAGGCUCCUCAAUAGAGAAGCCCAAUUUUUUACAUACAUUAAUAUUUUCUGGCUGA